AUGGCUGAAGGAACUGGUACUGGAAAGUGGACUUAUGUCACAUGGGAUGAUGAGAUGGACGCUGCCUUGCUUGAGGUACUUGUUCAUCAUCACAACAUGGGUGACCAUUCACAAAAUGGAUGGAAAGCACAUGUGUAUAGUGCUGCUAUCAAGAAUGUGAAGGAGAAGUGCAAUAAGGAUAUCACGAAGAACAACAUAUCAGGAAGGCUUAGGACUUUCGACAAUCAAUUUGAAAUCAUUAACAAGAUCCUUUCUCAAAGAGGUUUUGGUUGGGAUUGGGUCAAUAAUAAGCUAUUGUAG